CAUAUGUUUCCUUUCUACAGCUGAACUGAAGUUGACAAAGAUGUUCAGUUCAUUAAGACUGGUUACGAUGCGCUCGCACAAGAAUCGUGCUAGGCCAGGAAGUGUUGCUACAUCUGCAAGUUCCGAUUCAAGAACAGAAGAGACAUUAACACAGAUACAAUAUCAUCCUCAUAAUUUUCUAUUACUGGAUGAUCAAGAAGUGAAUAUUUUUGGCGCGUUGUCGUCGCUUUCUAGCGUCUCAUCAAAAGUCGCGCAAGUGAAAGUGGAGCGCGAAGACGGUAGUCUCGGUGUAACUCUUCGUGGAGGAAUGUCAAGAGCAUUGGUAGUGACGGGGAUAAAAGCGGACGGUCCAGCCGCCAAAGAGGGUAGAGUCAGGCCCGGUGAUCGAUUGUUGGCGGUAGAUGAUACUGACUUGAGGGGACUCACUUUAACGGAGGCACAACACGCACUUAAAAGGAACUCGGACACACCGAUCGCAUCUCUCACAAUCGAGUAUGACGUCGCAAAUAUGGAGGAGACACGGAUAGUCACUUCGGGUCCGUUGCUUGUUCAAUUGGAACGUGAUCUCUCAGGAGAGCUUGGUUUAACCGUAAGAGAGACAUCAAAUGGAGUCUACAUCGAUAGUCUUCGUCCGGCGAGCACAGCGGAUCGAUGUGGUGCGUUACAGGCAGGUGAUCGGCUGUUAGCUGUAAAUGAUACACCUGUUCAGGAUGCAGUAACUGCCGCUAAGCUGCUUAGAAAUUCCGAAAGUUCUCGUAUUGCCAGAUUGCAGAUAUUACCACGACUCCCGAGCACAAGGACAGUCAAAAGAAAGACACAGUCGUUGACUCAACAAAACUCAAAUCAAAUUCUACAAAUGAAAGAGAAUCUAACCGUUAUUCUUCGACCAGAUCAUCGAGGUUUUGGACUUGUGCUUAAAUUGACCGAAGAUCGCAUGAAUUAUAUAGUAAGUUUAUUGGAAGCUGGCGGUCCAGCAGAACGAAGCGGCAUUCUUUUACCUGGCGAUAAGGCUAUCGCAAUCAAUCGAAGAAUGUUACGCGAUUUGCAACCGUCUGAAGUAAUCAACAUAUUAGAGACGUCGCAAAUGAUCGAGUUAGUGAUAGAAUACAAAGUGGGUGGAUCGAUAGUGCCAAGUUCCGGAAUCUUUACGGUGAGAGUAGCUAGACCAUUAGGCGGCCAGCCUGAUCUAGGUCUUACAGUAAAUGAGGAUCUAAUGAUCACAGAAGUCCGCCGAGGAUCACUCGCUUAUCGAACUGGCAGUUUAGCAUCAGGGGAUAGACUGCUUGCAAUAGAUGGACAAAAACUGGAUCCCGGAGACUUGAGACAAACCGCUCAAUUAUUGCAUCGACCUGGUGGAUCGGUGGUUGCUCUAACUAUUAGAAAACCAGAUCCUAAUACGGAAAUAAGGGAUUAUUGUAGAGAGCUCAAUAUUGGAAGUGAUACACUUCAGGCACAAUUUGCUAAUGGUGUGUUACGCUCAGGUAGAGAGAGUCUUCCCAGUAUAGACAGCGCGAUGGAUUCUUGGGGCGAAUUAGAAGAAAACAGCAGUACCAUACCGGAGAUAUUGAGACUUUGGGAUACCGCCUCUAUGGAUAGCGGACAAUUAGAUUUGUCGAUACCAUCUUAUCCGAAAACACAAGAGCGCAGCAAUGGUGCUAACAGCAGAUCCCAACAAAUAGUGCACGUAUCGCUUCAUAAGGAUCCAGUUUAUGAAGAUUUUGGUUUCUCGGUAUCGGAUGGUCUUUAUGAACGAGGAGUUUACAUAAAUCGUUUGCGCCCCGGCGGACCAUGUGAUGGUAUAUUACGACCAUACGAUAGGAUUCUUCGAGUAAAUGAGGCCAGCACAGAGGAUUGCGAUUGUUGUUUAGCCGUUCCACUUAUCGCGGCAGCCGGACCGCGUUUAGAUCUAACAAUAGCAAGACCCUUAUCUCCUAAAAAUAUUGUAAAAACUUUGUAGAUUGGUACAAUCAAUCGCUACCUGCAAUUGAAUCACAAUAUACAGUAGCGCAAUAUACAGUAGCAUUUUCCCGAUUUUAUGUUGGCAAAAUGGAA